AUGCGGAGGAAGUCGGACUGGCCAACUACAGCCGGCUGCACCAGCUCUGUGACCGCUAGCGAAACCGAAAUAUGUCCCAAGUACAGCUGGUUGGAUUAUACAGAUGCUGAUGGCAACCCAGAGAAUGUGUGCAACUGUUCAGCAAUCCUGCAGGGAGAGAGAGAUGCACUGGAUCAGGCCAUAUUACUGAGCAUCACUAAAGACUUCAAAAAGAGUGUUCAUAUCCCCAAUGAAUAUUAUGUCAAUGCAAGCCAAGACUGCAGGAAAUUCAAGUCAAGCAGAAAAUACUUAACAUUCCCGUUAAGCAAGGAAGAACAGGACUUUCCUCUGGCUUACUCCAUGGUUGUGCAUCAUAAGGUUCAGGACUUUGAGAGACUGCUGCGAGCCAUCUAUGCACCUGAAAAUGUCUAUUGCGUCCAUGUAGACAAGAAAUCAGAGGCCUCAGUCGUCUCUGCCAUCAGUGCCAUUACUUCCUGUUUCCCAAAUGUCUUCAUGGUCAGCCAGGCUGUGAGUGUGGUCUAUGCUUCUUGGUCACGUGUCCAGGCUGAUCUUAACUGUAUGGCAGAUCUCUAUGAAGCUAAAACCAAAUGGAAAUACUUCAUAAACCUUUGUGGCCAGGAUUUCCCUCUGAAAACCAAUUUGGAGAUUGUAAGAGCAUUGCAAUCAUUGAAGGGCAGUAACAGCUUGGAGUCAGAAAAGAUGCCUCAAGAAAAGCAGUGGAGGAUGUCAAAUGCUCACCAGAUAGUUAAUGGACAAAUCACGGCAACAGGAACUAAAAAGGGGCCACCUCCCUUCAACCUGCCCAUUCUGUCAGGAAGUGCCUACAUUGUGGUUAACCGAGGCUUCGUCCGCAGUGUGUUGGAGGACAACCGUAUACCAGCACUGAUCGAGUGGGCCAAAGACACCUACAGUCCUGAUGAAUUUCUCUGGGCAACCAUUCAACGACUCCCUGGAAUACCUGGCUCAAAGAGGCCCAGCCCCAAAUACGACAUGACAGACAUCAAUGCGAUUGCACGGCUGGUGAAGUGGCAUGCGUACGAGGGGGAGGCGUACCCAGAAUGUCAAGGCCACCAUGUCAGAUCAAUAUGUGUGUAUGGUGCUGGAGACCUGCAGUGGCUGCUUCAACAGCCUCACCUCUUUGCCAAUAAGUUUGACACAGACACAGAUCACAUUGCUGUCUACUGCUUGGAGAAGUAUCUGAGACACAAGGCACUAGCUGAGAUGAUUUAGGUUUAUUGGACAUUUUUCCAGCAACCGAUAGCUUCAAACUCUAUUUUAAUAUUUUAUUUGCAAAGAGAUUUUUAAAAUUAUGAACAUUUGCAGUGUAACAAAGCCAAAGUGAUAAGAAAAGAUACAAUUCAAAGCAAUAUUGGGAGUGAAUAUCCCUUUGAAAUGAUGCUGCUUCAGCCCAAAACCUCGAGCAAACCUUAUUACAACAUCUGAACGUUAACAAAGUUAAGGAGGUUUUAGUUGAGGCAUGCUAAGGCAGAAUCUUCAAAUUGGCCUGCCUCAACAUUGUUUUAGUGAGUAGCAUUAGCACUGUGUGUGCUCAUUUAGUUGCUUGGGGUUAGAAUUGUGUUUAGUUAAAAUUGUUUUCUUAUGAGCUUUUUGUCGGGCUUUUGUCCGGUAUGUGGGUGUGAAGGAUUUAUUUGUUGCUACAUGCUUAAGAUGUCCUUAUCUGUUGUCAGCUGUUGUGUGCACAACUGGCUCGGUAGCGGGGACACUCAGUUUCAAGAUGCAAUGAGCAAUGUGUUUAUUGUGACUUAUGGUGCACUAUUUGAAAAGACUGUUGAGGAGGAAAACAUCUUUAAUGAAGUUAAACAUUUUACAUACUUUACAACAAAAGAAUAUCUUGCAAGCCACAAAUAUAAGAAUAUGUAUAUACAAAGAUAAGAAAAACAAAUAAAAGUAGACACACUUUAAACAAGGCCUUCUGCUAUACUGUACCUCUAUAACCAUCAGUCAACAUUUAGAUUUUUUCAUCACCCCCCAACACACACACACACAC